AUGUCGGCGGAGAACAGAACGUGCAGUCUCAUAACGAUGUCCAGGUUGCAGAACAUGAACAGCUCCGAUGUCACGUACAGACAGGUGGGUCACGAUUGUAGCGAGGGAUUCAGGACUGGAGCAACAGGCAAGGGUGUCUUCACUAUUGAACCUGAUUCCUCUUCCUCGCCUUUCCAAGUUUACUGUGAUUUGCGGUUUGGAGGAAGAACCUACAUUCAGAGGCAGGACUAUGGCAUCAACUUUAAUAGGACUUGGCGAGACUAUCGAGAAGGCUUUGGGAAUGUCACAGGUGAUCACUGGCUUGGUUUUGAGAAAAUUAGAGCGAUGAAUGACAGGGCGAUAUGUCAGUUUGUAAUUCGUCUCACUUACAACCCGAGAUGCUGCCCGACAUAUAGACAAGCUAACUUUAAACACUUCAAGCUAACUGAUGAAGAUGAUGGAUACAGAUUGACAUUUGACAGUCUAACUGCAGGACAAUCCAGUAAAAAUCGGCUCACUGACAUGUUAACAGAAGUGAAGGGUGCUAAAUUCAGCACUUAUGACAGAGACAAUGAUGAUAAUCCAACCGGAAGCUGUUCACAAAUUCACGGAGCUGGAUGGUGGUUCAAGAACUGUACACGUUGCAACCCCAAUGGCCGAUUGAAUCCAGAUGCAGUCAAUGUCAGUGCCGAUCCUGAAGAAGUGUUCUGGGACGGAGAUCCACGACGGGUUUCUGGGGUGCACACUGCGUUACAGUGCAAGUAA